AUGAGGCUCAUCCUGUCGCUCCCGGUCCUGGUGGUGGCUCUGUUGAUGCUUUUGGAAGGCCCAGCUCCGUCAGAGGCGGCCCCAAGCUUCCCGGAGAAGCUGAAGGAGUUUGGGAGCACGGUGAAAGACAAAGUCUUGGAAACCAUUAAGCACAUCAAACAGAGCGAGUUUCCUGAGAAGACCUGCCACACUGUAGAGAUGGUGCCGGGCCGUGGCGGAGGAUCCAAGCUAGGGGGUCGGACAGACCUGGGUCCAUAG